AUGCCAGGAGAGCGGCCCCCAACUCUGCCCAGAGACUUGCAGCCCUGCCAAGUUGCCAGCGGCCUGGGGUGCCCCUCUCAGCACCCGCUCAAGGACCACAGCUCUGCCAGCAGGACCACCCAGGACAUGAGAGAUGAAAGCAACAAGGCCCAGGCCCAGUGUUCCCUUGAAGCCCGGCUAAGUCUGGCCAAAGAGGUGAAGCCAGAGGACCAGCUACUGAGAACACAGGCCCCAGCAGGACAGAGCUCUGUACAAGCUUACUCAUGGCUGGCCAGCAGGAUGGAGAGCAGUCGCCCACAGCUCCACGACCUAAGCACUUCAAGGAUCAGAUGCAUCCUGGAUGAGCCACCUAAGGACCUACAGCAUGAAGGCCCCCAGGUGUCGGAGACCAAGGCUUCUCGGGUCCAAAAGACCAGAGCCCGCCGCAGGCCCAGCAUCCCAAGGGCCGAGGCCCUGCCCUCCCCAGAAGAGAAUGGCUCCCAAAGGUGCUUUCAGGAGGCCCCUUCCAGCUUUACCUCCACCAACUGUACCUCACCAAGUGCCACCCCUGGGCCCUUGCCCCAGAGGGCCCCCCAGAGAAGUGGCACCAGCCCCCAUAGGCCUGCUUCUGGCCCUAACGUCCAGGCCAUUGGGACCAACUCCUGGCCUCCUGCUGCUGAAAACAGCUUCCCAGGUGCUAAUUUUGGGGUCCCCUCUGCAGAGCCCAAGCCCUUCCCUGAAGGCAACCGGCCUAGCAGCCCCCAGGGGGUCUCUGUUCCCUACCCCUUCCCCAUAGAAAUGGCCCAACAUGAACAAGCAGCUGAGACAGUGUUGUACACCUUCCACCAGCCCCUGGCAGCAUGGACUGAGGAGGCCCUGGAUACGAACCCUGCCUACCCAUCCCUGCCAUGCAACCCAGGCCAGUCGGGGGGAGUCAACACUCCCAGUGAUCUUGGAGGUGCCCUCUCCCCACCCGGUGCUGCUCACUUGGUCCCUAGUCCCUUCCAUGACAGUUUGCACAAGAGCCUGACCAAAGGCCUUCCUGAAGGGCCCUCUCCAAUUCAUGAUGGGCUGGGGAGUCCCCAGGGUCCCCCAAAUCCUCCACCUCAGAGGCACUUUCCGGGGCAAGGGUAUGGAGUUAAUGGGGUGGGUACCAGCCCAAUGCCUCUGGACACAGAGCUGCCUGCCCCUGGGCCACUACCCACCCAUCUGCCCCAGUUGUGGGAUUCCUCAGCAGCUUCUUACCCCACAUCCACCCUAAACCCGGCAGUUGCUGCCAGACCUGCCUUCUUUGAAGGCCAGCAGCUCUGCCUUCCCCAAAGUCCCCCCCUGCCCUGGUCCCCGGUGCUUACAACCCCUGGGCCAAAUUCCCACCAAAUGGGGGUGCUGAGCCGACUGACAUUCCCCAGGGGGUCUUCUGAGUGGCAGGGGGACAGCCAGGGAGCCCUGGGUGCUUUGAAUACAAUCCCCAGGCCUGGGGAGACGCUGUCAGCUCUCAGGAGCAGCCCAGGUCAGCCAAGCAGUUCCCCGAGGUUGCUAGCCUAUGGUGGGCUAAAGGACCCUGGGACCCAGCCCCUGUUCUUUGGGGGAACCCAAUCCCAGGUGUCACCUCAAGGGGCCCUCAGCCUGCCCCCACCCAGGGUGAUGGGAGCCUCUCCUAGUGAGUCCCCUCUUCCCUCCCCUGCCACCAACACAGCCAGCAGCAGUACCUGUUCAUCCCUGUCACCACCAUCCAGUAGCCCAGCCAACCCCAGCUCUGAGGACAGCCAGCAACCUGGACCCCUCAGGUCCUCAGCCUUCUUCCUGCCCCCCACCCACUCCCAGGAGACCAGCAGCCCCUUCCCUUCCCCAGAGCCCACACACACCAUCCCCACAUGUUACCAGUCAGAGUCGGCCAAAGUCUUCCCUCUCCCCACAGAGGGGCCAGGAGCUGAGGAUGCCUUCAAGAGCCUGGAGGGAGCCCCAUUUCCCCACAAGAGCCCCUCACUGGGCAGAGACAGGUUGCAGGGAUUUCCUCCAGAGCCACCACCAUACUCUGCCCAGCACUUUUCCCUGAGCAGCGCCAGCCUGGACCAGCUAGAUGUACUGCUGACCUGCAGACAGUGUGAUCGGAACUAUAGCAGCCUGGCAGCCUUCCUGGAACACCGACCAUUCUGCAGCCUGCUGCUAGCCAAGACCAAGGAUGGCUCAGUACAGCCCCCAGGGCUCUCCACACCCACCACCACCUCAAAGGCACCCACCGAUGCACACUCAGGCUUGCUUGAACACAACCAGGCUGCCCCCUUCCUGCUAACCAGAGAUGAUCAGGGGGACAGCAAGGAUGACUCCCUGAGAACAAGCUUCCUGCCCACCGGCCUGGCUGUUACCCCCUUCCCACUCCCCACCUCAGACCUUGACAUGGAAGAUGAUGCCAAGCUGGACAGGCUUAUCACCGAGGCACUCAAUGGCAUGGAGUACCAGUCAGACAACCCUGAGAUAGACAGCAGCUUCAUUGAUGUCUUUGCUGAUGAGGAGCCUUCAGGCUCCAGGGGGCCCAGUGCUGGGCAUUCUCUCAACACACAGGUGGGAGCAACUCCCAAGAAUGCUAUCCAGCCCCAACUCCCAUCCAGAGUUGUCAUAUCAGAACCCCAAGCUCCCUGCACUGGAGACAGGGGCUGCCCAGCCCGAAACAGGCCCAAAACCCGCUCCCUGGGCUUGGCAUCUGCAGAAGCAGAUGCAACCACCCUGGUCAGGCAGCAGAGGAGAGGGAAGCAAUUCAAGUUGUUUCGGAAAGAGCCAGGUGUGACCAAGGGUACUAACAACUCUGCCAGAGCCAUCUGCCUAAGGCCAAGGAAGAAGGGCCACAGUGCUGAGCGGCCCCGGCCCCAGGACCGUAGAAGCCAGGCUCGCAAGGUCUAUGCUCAUGCAGACCACAGCAUCCCUAGAGCCACCUCUAAAGAGACCAGGAGCUCCAAGCACUUGCAACUGCCUUCUGGGAAGGACCCCAGGAAAAGGAGGGGGCGAGGCGGCUCCUGGAGCAAGGAGCUCAUCCACAAGAUAGUACAGCAGAAAAACAGGUGCCACAGGCGGCAGACACCACGUGGCCAGGUCUCCCAUGACUCUCUGUUACCUGCAAGACCACCUAGCACCCAGAAGGGCAGGCUUAAGGGGCAAGACUGUGCCUCUGAAUCUGAGGAAGAGGGUGAUGCGCAACAGCAGGAUGCGGGGGUUCCCAUCCAAGACUGUUCCCGCCACAGCCGCCACCGGUGGCGCCAAGGCAAGAAGAGAAAGAAAGAAGAUUUGGCCCAGGACCCAAGAAAGGUUGUGAGGCAGGAGGCUGGUGAAAAUGAGGGCUCCCUGACUCCAAAGAGAACACCCAGCCUCUUGCAGAGCUUGGAUGCCAGAGAAGUCCCUGUGGAAAGAGGCCCUGAGCAGACUGAUCACCCCACAGUAUCCCCAAAGCAUCCUCCACAGGUCCUCAUCACCACCAAGACUCAAAAGGAAAAUCAUGCAGUUCUGGGCUUCCCUGAGGAGGUCAAUGUUGCUGCUGAGUUACACCGUGACACCACAGAACUCAAAGAGAGGUCCAGUUCUCUAGCUAGCUGUGGUGGGGAGAGCCCCAGACCCACCGCUUCAGUCCCACCACAGGCUGGCAGCCCCUGGCCAUCGGGAAGCCACCCUGAAACACUAUCAGGAAAGAGCAUGCCAGCACCAGAUGCAGGCUCUCUGCUGGAUACUUCUGGGUACAUGCAGUGCCCCAGUUUGCACACUAGAGAAGACUCCUCUUCUUCCCAGCCUGGAGGGUGCCUGGCACCCAUUGAUAAGGUGGCAGAUGCUUUCCACACUGAAUCUAGAAUCCCGGCCUUCAAGAACUCUGGUUCUGGUUGUGACCCUGACCACUGUGACAAACACUCUAUAGAGUGUCCAGCUGCCGAAGGAGGACCCCUGCCUAACAGUGACACCCCCUGUGAACUGUUCCUUGGAUCCAAGGAGCUAGCUAACUGCUUCCCUGAAGAUUUGUGCUCUAAGCCUUUAACUACGGACACAUUGCCUGCCCCCAGCUGCUACCUUGGCCAGGAUAGUAUGGAGACUCUUGAGUCAACACCACCAAAGAAUCCACCCUACCCAGUUGAAACAGACCCAGGCAAGGUGCAUUCACCACUGACCUUGGAGUCCACAUCCCUGUUUGCAGGGCUGCCUGAGGAUGGAUUUGACCCACCGCUCUACGACAGCUUGUCUGCAAACAGGGUCACCCACGUACCACUGGUGUGUGCUGACCCUCUCCCUAAGAAACCUCUGACAGACCCCCUGUACCCCUCAUUCUUGCUGCUGGAGGAAGUGUCUCCAGUGCUGCCUGGCCCCUUUCCUGGCCUCUCCAAGGGAAAAGCACUCAGCAAGAAGUGUCCCUUUGAACAGACGACGACGGUACCUCCCAGCCCUCCUCCUGUGCCUGAAAAGGGAAGCGACUGUAGUGUUACCCCUAUGAGCAAUCUGUGCGAGGAUGAACUAGAGAUCAAGAGGUUGGUAACUGAAUUAGAAAGCCAACUACAGGGGCAAGGGAGUACACAGGGGGCCUUGGGAGGGCCUGAGGAAGCUGCACAUGAAGGUAGGAUGGACUCAAGCCCAAGGCAGGCCUCCCUGCUGCCCACACCUCAGGCCACCUCACCCCACAGAGACAUCCUCUCAGCAGCCAACCUUACAGGUCUUGAAGGAUCAAGUUCACAGCAGGAAGGGGCCCUUGGGAACCCCCCAAAACAGUGGUCCUACAUAGCCUCCUGCCACACAAGCAAAGCAGCAUCUCCCCCGGGUACCCAAGAAGACCCUGGUCCUGGGGCUCCUCUCUGUCCUGCAGGUUUCAGCCUCAGUUUUCAGACAGUGCCAGAGGCCCACAUCUCCAACCCAGACAGGCAGGACCCCCUAAGUGACCAUCUGCCUGACUCCAGCAAGCAACAGGCACUCUUGCUACAUGCUGAGAGUUUAGCCAAGUAUAGUCCAAACCAUGAGCUUUUGUUUUCUAAAAAUAGUGAAGCUUCUGGGACACAGGAGAAUGUCUCACUGCUGCUUCCCAGUGAACAUACAAGAGGGCAUUCUCCAGACCCAUGUGAGACCCAAGAGCCCUGCCCAGGUUCCUCUGCACCAGAAGGAUUCAACAGCCCCAAUGCCUAUCUGGCCCUAGAGCCCAACUCGAUGCUUAAAAGUGAUGAGGGUGUCCCCUCCCCUCCAAGUGCUAGUCCCAGCCACGACUCUAAGGAACACCUUGAGGGCCAAGCAGGGAGUCCCAUAGGAACUAUGCUUACCAACCCCAUUGCAAAGGAUCCUGGCUUCACGGGUGAGUCUGUACUUGCAGGGGCCUCUCCACUAUCCACCUUCCAGAGUGACAAGGCUUGGUCCCAUUCCAUGCCAGAUCCUUCUUGGGUGGCCAGUGCCCCCCUUGGACAGAGGCCCCAGGAACCAGCCUGCUGCUCCUUUCCUCUGCUCCAGGUCCUGGAUGCUAGAGCCAAAAGUGAAGACAAUACCCAAGGCCUUCAGCCUGGGGACCCCUUGGAGGCCAGUGUGAAAAGGGACUCAUCAGGGGCUAUAAAGAUGUCAGCUCUAGCUACAGACAUCCGAAAGCAGCUGAGGUCCAAGGCAGAUGGACAUCUGGGCUCACCAGGUCAAUCUGAAAAGACCAAGGGCCGAGGUCAAGCUAACAGACGUCGGCCAAAUAACCGGAGGAGCCUGGGGAACCCAGACACACUCACCAAGGUCAGGGCCCAUUUGGAAGUUAGGCCGGCCAGGAGCAGAGGGGCACGUCAGGGGAACAGAGCAGCCCGGGGCUUUAGGAGGCAAGCACUGCCCUCCACAAGCCCCACCCACCCUGAUGGCACAGCCUCGGUUUCCAUCCUGACUGCAUUCCCUCUCCAGAUGGGGCCUGCACAGAGAAGCCCAGAGAGGGCAUCCAGCCCCCAGCUGCUGUUUAGCCAGGAGAGUCCAGCCCCUUCCAAUAGGGACCUGGCUACUUGUGCCCUCUCAGCCAUCUCCCUAGCCACACCUACUCCCGAUGACCUUAAGCCCCUACCCCAGGAAGAUCCUGGGGCCAAAGUCAAGCCUGUUGGGCCACCAGCAAAUUCCUCCUAUAGAGACCUACCCAGCCCCUACCAUCAGCCAGCCUAUCCUGUCUUGGCACCUCUGGGACAGGGUAGUCAUGGCCAAGCCACCAAAGAUGUUGGGCCCCUAACUCCUACAUCACUGACAACAAGCCACUGUGGCUCUGAAGAGGCUUUAUCCCACCACUCACUUUUGGGAACCAGCAGUCCCAAAGACCCUCCCUCGGGCACACUUGGCCCCAUCGGUUUCUCAGACCCUGUAAUGCUUGACAGGGACAGCCCCAAAGGCAUCACAGUAAGAACAUUAGAAGAGUCUGGAAAAGAGGAGCUGAGGACAUCUCCUGCCCAUGCCACUGCUCCUCCCCCAGGGGGUCCCAGCUCCCCCAAAAUAACCAUCAAAGCUGCCCCCCUGACCAGCAUUCCCACCAAAGAUGACCUAGAUUCAGAUGAGAGACCGGAGGUGCCAGACCCCCACUGCAUGGGAAUCCCACCUCUCAGCAGCCCAGAAAGGACAUAUUUCGAGGACCCUUUCUUAGGGCCCCAGAGCAGCACACCCUGCCCUGGCCACAGGGAAAGCCACAGCAUUAUAGCUGUGCCCACAGACCUCGCCAUCCUGGGGACUACAGAACCAGACUCUCAGAUCUGCCAAGAAGAUGAGGCAGCAGCCAGUAUGGAGGAUCAGGACAACCCAAGAACACCCAGAGCAAGACGCUGUGAUGUGACCAAGGUACCCAGAGCCAGUGCCCGAAGAGUGCCUAUAGGACUCCACUUGACCCUGGCAGCCUCUCUGAGCUGCACAGCCACUGACUUCAGGUCCAAAUCUCAACACUGCAUUGGUGCCUCUCAUCGUUCUCCUCAGAAAGGCCCCUUCAGUCCCCAAGAGUCGAAACGGAGGCCCCGAGGCUUGAAGAAGAAGCCAGUGCCUACAGAGAAGACCCCAGCUGGGCUACCCAUGACCUGCGAACUCUGUUCAGCUUCUUUCCUCUCCAGAGCAGGCCUAAGCCGGCACAAAGCCAGGAAGCACCGGCCACAAAAGGAGGCUAGCUCCCAGCUGAGCCCCAUGAUCCCGCCAGCUUGCCAGCCUCCAGAUUCCGUGACCCAAGUAUGCCAGACCCCUGGGAAGAAAACCUGCAAGGCGCUUGGGAAAGGGAGACCAAGUCACUCACCCCUGGGUCCUGGCCACUCUUCUGGGCCACCUUCCCUCCAGGCUUCUACAACACCAGAGGCCACCAUGGGUCCUGAGAGGUUGAAGGUGACUAGUGAGAAAUCUGAGGGACCCAGGACAACAGACAGUCCUCUCAACCAGCAGCCACACACCCCAGGCCUGACUGAACAAGGAAAGGGUACAAAGAUUCCAGCCUCAAAGCCUAGAAGACAGGAUGGGUGGCAAGAAGACCAGCUCCUUCCCAACCAGGGAGAAAUGAGAGGCCAGAGACGAGGUAGAGAGCCUGCUGAUUCCCCCAGCCAUUCAGAGAGAAAAUCCAACAGGAAAGGGGGAAAGCUGAGAAUGAGGAGGGAGAAGCGCGGUCCUGGAGAUACUGCCCAGGUGACUUCAGACAGGGACUUCUCAGAUCCAUCAGCCUCCUGUGGUGAUCAUCUCAUCCCUCUGAGCUUCUCGCCUAAGGGAGAAUCCCCCACAGUAGGGCCCAGAGUUCUGGGAGAUGCUGCAGACAUGGACACAGGGCCCCUGUGUACAGAAGAGAUGCCAGUACAGAAGACCCCCCAAGAGUGGCGAAUCUGUCAAGGCUUGAUAGAGGGGGAACAUCCAGUGGAACAGAAGGCAGCCUGGGCACAAUGGUUCUGGGGACCAGGAGAGGCCGGGGCACUGGCUAUUAGUGGAGAACCAUCCCAGGCUGUUGAGAGCCAGCCUGCAGAGGACAGCAGUGGAGCCGAAGGUAGGUCAGAUGGAGGCAUUGGGAAGGGGACAUCCGAUUUGCCUGACAGCACACACAGUCUUGAAGUGGACAGCGCCAUCAGCAACUGCCCCCGGGGUCCUAUCAGUGGCCCAGAAACCCAGAGUGGAGUUCUGGAGUCCAAGGGCACCACUCCUGAAGCCCCCAGCCCAGGUCAAAGGGAGCCUCCAAACUUGUUUGAUGAUGAGACAUCCUUCUCUCAGCUCUUCCCCAUGGAUGGCCGCCUUACUCAAAAGAAGAACCUACGUGUCUACGGGAAGCGUUGCAAAGGACCAAAGCACCCACCACCAAAGGAGCCCAGCACUGAGGUGGUAGCCAAUGCCUCACUCUUCUCCACACGCCUGCCCACAGAUCUCAGUGACUCAGGCUCUCUCUGCCUGUCCCGUGAGGAAGAGGACCUGUGGGAUGAUGAAGCCAUGAGUUUGCCUGAGUCUCUCCUCCUAGAUGGGCUCCUGAGUAGUAAGGCACCUGGCCUUGACCCCUGGACCCCCAGCUUCAGCCUGUGGGCCCUGGAGUCCAACAGGGAGGCCGGCUAUAUGGAGGAGGCGCCUUCCUGCUUCAACGAGAACCUGGAUGAGUGGUCCGAGGCCAUCCCCCAGCUGCACAUGGUCCCAGCAGCCUGGCGAGACCUGGAGCUGUGUAGCCCUGCCUGUGAAACACCCUCUUCCCUUGGAGACAUGAGCCCGGAGCCCCCUAACCUAGAAAGAGAACAUGAUGUUAGGCUUCCCGGAAAUGCCAGCCUGCCCCCGCUUUACAUUAAAGACUUUGAGGUGCUUGGCACCCAGCUAGACUUACAAGAUCUGUGCUUUCUAGGACCCUGUGAUGACCUUGCUGACCUCCCCAACCCAGGUAUCUUAGAUUUCCAGGGCACAGCAAAUUCACAGGGGCCUCCAAACAAAAGAAUGGAGGAAGCUGCCAGGGCCAGAGGAGCCAAAGGUAGAGACCGGCCAGUGAAGGGCAGGAGGGCCUCUCACAAGUGCAAGGUAUGUUUCCAGCGCUUCCACAGCCUGGGUGAGCUGGAUCUACACAAGCUGGCACACAGCCCCUCCCCACCCCCCACUUGCUACAUGUGCGUGGAGCGCAGGUUCAGCUCCCGGGAGCUUCUUCGGGAGCACCUGUGGGAGAAGCAUGUGCAGGGCAAGGCAGGGCCAUGGGCCUGCGGCAUGUGCCUGAAGGAAGUGGCCGAUGUCUGGAUGUACAACCAGCACCUGCGGGAGCAUGCAGCCCGCUUCGCCCGAAAUGGACAGGCACGGCGAGCCCUGGGAGACCUGCCAGGGUGCUUGGAAGAGGAGAGCACUCUCACACACUUCCUGAACAGCAUUGUGGAGCAAACACCUAAAGCCCAGAGGACCAAGCACUCAAUUGGCAAGGCCAGCAGGGAGGCAUCUGAGCAGGAAGGAGAAGCAGGGAAGAAAAUCCCAAGGAGGAGGGUGAAGCACAAGGUGCCCGCCUCAGUCACUCCCAGCCAAGAUGGUGCCUUGCCAUCCGCUCUGACCGGCAGCUCUAUCAUCUGCUCUGGCUCUGCCAAGACGCCCCCAACCCCAUCCCCAGACCCUUGGUCCCACAGUGAGUCUCUGCUCCAAGCGGUCCCAGUGCAUGAGGACUGCAAGGACCUAUCCCGGGACUGCCACCACUGUGGAAAGCAAUUCCCCAAGCCCUUCAAGCUGCAGCGCCACCUGGCGGUGCACAGCCUACAGCGCGUCUACCUGUGUCCCCAGUGCCCACAGGUCUACCCUGAGCACUGGGAGCUGAGGGUGCACCUGGGCCUGACCCACGGGGUGAAAGAGGAGAGGGAACUACCACACAUGCCUCUCUAUGCCUGUGAGCUCUGCGCCAAUGUCAUGCACGUCAUCAGGAGGUCCUUUGUCUGCAGCUCCUGCAACUACACCUUUGCCAAGAAGGAGCAGUUUGACAGACACAUGGACAAGCACCUGAGGAGCGGCCAGCCCCCCUUUGCACUCAGAAGUGUUAGGCGGCCAGGGGUUCCUGGGAGGAAGACCCAGGUCCCCCAGGAUGUGCUACCCAGCAAGCAGCACAGGGUGGUGGCGUCCUCCAGCCCCUCUAAGCCCAGCACUGACAGAGUCCUAUCCACAAGCAGCCCUACUCCAAGUGAUGGCUGCCUCCCUGCACUACCCCUGAUCUGUUCAGAGACAGCACCUAGCCCCAGCCUGGACCAGCCCAGUUCUCAAGAGAGGCCUGUGGACCAGGCAGACCACUCACUGAAGGGGAACAACCCACCAUUGAAUGGCCAGGACCUUCCACCUCCGUCUCUGUCUCCUUUCUCGGCUGCCUCAGCAGAAGGUGCAGGUGGCUGUAAGCUGGACGGAGCCCCGGAGAAAGUAGAAAAUGAGGCUUCCUUAGGCAGCAUUGAGCCACGUAAAUGGCAAACUCCCCCAAGCGAAAAGAAAGCCCUUCACCUGUUCUCGGGAAAACACAGGAGCCCAGGCACCCGAGGCAAGUGUGCCCCUGGCUAUUCCCCGGGAGACCCCUCCAAGCUCCAGAAGGAGAGGCUAAUGAUCACGCACCACAUAGUACCUGAGGGGAGAAUAGAGGUUCCCUCCCAGAAGGGAAAUGCCACCAAACCAGGGGCCUGCUUGAGUUCUUCCAAGCACAGAUCAGCAGCGCCCCCCAGCAAAGCACUGAAGCUAUCAGCACCACCAAGAAAACCUAUAGGGAUGGGGACCCCAGCAUCUGGAGAGCUGGCCCAGAGUCCUGAGGAUAAGGUAAAACCCAGCACUUCUAAAGCUAAACUGAGACCCAACUCUCAGGGCACUGAGGGUCUACAGUCUGGUACUCAGACAGGGGGUGGCAGCCAGCCCCAGCCAACCAGUGGGCAGCUCCAGAGCGAGAUGGCCUCGACCCCCACUGAGCCCAGCUGUCCUAGCUGGGGGAGCUCCACCCCUGAGCAGCCCCCACCUCAAACCCACACCAAGGGCAGUGCCAGGGGCCCCAGAGAAGCUGAUCAUCAGGGGGUCCAAGUGCAUUCAAGUCCCAGGGAGAAAAGAGAAAACAAUGAGAAAAAGAGAAUGGGUCAGGCCCUGGGACUGGCCAGGCAUGGAAGCCUGGGAAGCAUGGGGAGAGCCCCCUCAGCCCCUGACAAGUCAUCCAGGGCCCCUCGGAAGCAAGCAACUCCCAGUCAAGUUCUCCCUGAUAAGCCCAGACCCGGUAACCAGAGCGGCAGGACAAGGCCACAGCCGCCAUCACAGAAGAAAGGGGACCUGGGCCACACUUCUGAAAAGGACCCAUUCCCCCAGGCAAGACCCCUGUCCAGACCCUACAAAAGGGUCAGAGCUGUCUAUGGUGUUGAACACAUGGAGCCCCGAGACCACCGGACUGCAGAGGCCCAGAGCGACCUCCUCAGCCAGCUGUUUGGGCAGAAACUGACCAGCUUCAAAAUCCCUCUAAAGAAAGACAAUUCCCAGUAACUACAAGAGCGGAUGCCUGGGAGCCCAGCUGAUGGGCUCCUGUCUGGCCUUCGGAGUGAGAGGCAGCCAGUUUGAGACCACUCUGUCUGCUUCUCUGCCCCCGACUUCCCACAGAUUCUCCACCAGAUUAGAGAGCUCAUUGUGCUGUUGCAAACAGGGCUUUGUGCUGGAAGGCGAAGGUUGAGGGAAGGACCAGACUCACCCACCCCACUCCCCCGGACAUCACGCACCUGCUUUCUUGGUACCAAGUACUUGAAGAAAGCAGCUCACAACCCAUCACUGCCACCAUGUCCUGUUGGCCAGGUGCCUUGGGCUGUCAAACUCGUAUUUGAAGGUUUGCACAAGGUCCCCCAUCGCCUAGCAGGAAAGCACAGUGAGGCAGUCAGCCAAACAGUGACAGCUGCAUUGUCUUGCUGCUGUUGCUAAGAUUCCAAAGUGACCUUAGAAGUCACAUGGGAGAGGACCAUGUUCUCUACUUGGGCCAUUUCUGAGCCACCUGGUCCUUGAGAGCGCGACAGGACCAUCCUCCCAACCACAAAGUCAUGCUGGCCUCCAACUGCACUGCAGAUGUUUCCAGCACCUUGCCCCCAGGGACUGGGCUCCAAGAGGGAAUGCAGAGAAAGCAGCACCUUGGCCAGUGCCCAAUGGAUCCCUCAGCCGUAUGGCCCCUUCUGAGUGCCUUCCUCCCCUAUGGGGCUCUGUCUCUAGGUCCCAGAAAGCCUGAUCCAAAGGUUCUGGUGCUAUUCCCUUGCUGUAAUGUGAAUACAAGCUCCCUAGUCUUAUUUGAAACACGGGAUAAUUAAGGUGGGGAGACCUAGCCAGGGAGGCUACAGCCCAGGUAUUGAGCCUCACAGGUCUCCCUUGUUGAGCUCCGGUCCCAGGGUCCCAGCAGUGAAGGGACCCUCGAGGCUGGGCUGUGGGUGUGGUUUGUGCACUGGCAUGAGCCUGCCUACUACACACCUGCCAAUAUAGCGUUGUGUAUCAAAAUGGGCAGGAGGAGACGCUUCCCCUUUCUCCUAGGGAGUCUUAGAGAUUCCUGGCUUGUUUGGUUGUGUAGUUUUUAGCUUGGGUGCAAUGUGAGUGUCAAAAGGUUUUAUUUUGGCAUUUUAAACAAGACCAAACCAGGCCCGAACGGCCUCCGUAAAAGGUGCUGGGGUCUUUCAGAAUGCCUCUUUCCAAUGGAUAAAGACGUGGG